CCUCGAUUAACGUUGACUAGGAACGUCGAGGCGCGGAACCUUCUAUUGAUAUUUGACUCCAUUAUGAUGCAAAUCGAAAAAGUCUCAACGCACCCGGAACUGCCUUCUGUCGCUCCCCGGAGCAGCGAACAAUUUGCCCAAAAUAUUUGGGAUGACUCUAGUAUACGAGGCUGAUUGACCAAUGGUUUGAGACCAUGCGUUCGUUCUAUUUCAUCAGCUAACGGGUCGUCGUUUGAUUGGGCCAGCGCAUUAUCUUUUUGACUUUGCCCACAGUGUCUAUACUCACGUCCAGUGGUAUACAGACAUGGCUUCAGAGAACCUUCAUGCAAUCUCCGCUGACUGGCUCAAAAGACUAGAGCUCGCAUCGUCCACCGGAGAUGUUAUGUCAUUUGUGAGUCAUUUCCAUUCGGACGGAUGGUUGAGAGAUCUUCUAUGUAUGUCUUGGAAUUUCAGGGCACUAUCAGGACCCGAAAAAAUACACGAAUUUCUCUCGGAGGUCGUUGAUGGAAAGUCACGACUUGACAAUUCUGGUCUUUGUGACUUCAAGCUAGACGAUCACACCGUCAAUUCGCCUUCGCCAUUUAAAUUCCCAGGUCCGCAGGGCAUUGAAGGAGUACAAGGUGCUUUCAGCUUUAGCAUUACGAACCCAGCUGCACUCGGGCGAGGAUUUUUCCGUCUGACUCCAGACGUCGACGGAACAUGGAGGGCUUUAACUCUUUUCACAAAUAUGCAGGACCUCGUCGGAUACGAAGAGUCUUCCGAAGGCCAGCACGGUAUAUGUGAGGGUCAAAAAAUGACUUCGGAGGAGUUUGUCGACGCAAAAUUGCGUGCUAUAGAGGCAGACCCCACCGUUUUGAUCAUUGGUGGUGGACAAUCCGGCCUUACCUGCGCAGCACGACUGGGUCGGUUGGGGAUCCGUGCGCUCGUGAUCGAGAAAACUGCGCGCGUCGGAGACUCCUGGCGACAGCGGACAAACUUCCCCAAGUACAUUCCUAUGGGGAAACUUGCUGAUUUCCUGGAGUCGUAUGCUGCUAAUCAGGAAUUAUGUAUCUGGCUGUCGAGUAUCGUCGCCUCAACUCCGAUAUAUGACUCAUCAUCGGCAAGAUGGACUGUCGAAAUACAGCGUGGAGACCAAAAAGUUAUCCUCCACCCAAAGCACCUAGUACUUGCGACAGGAGGCGGGACCCCUCACAUUCCUACUUGGAAUGGAAUGGACGAAUUCCAAGGAACGUUGUAUCAUUCCGACUUCCAUCAAGAUGCGGAGCAGUUCCGAGGCAAACGCGUUGUCGUUGUGGGCGCAGGCAACGCUAGUGGAGAUAUAUGUCAAGAUUUUGUCGCACAUGGUGCUGCUGAGGUGACAAUGAUCCAAAGAAGUGCCACAUGCGUUGUAUCGAUUACUACCGCAGAACAAACCUACUUCAAGGUGCCUUUCCCAGAAAGCAACCCUAUCGAGGAACUGGAUUUCCGCAUGAAUUCAAUGCCUCGGGCCUUUCUCCUGCAACUGAACAAAUCAGGUGGGACACAACACGUGAAGAUGUUCGACGAGGAACUCCACGAAGGUUUGCGCAAGGCUGGGUUCAACUUGACUUGGGAACUUGAGCCUGGUAGUGGCGAGGUUGGGCUGGAUGGCUUUGUGUUAACCCGUUUGGGAGCAGGAAUCAUGAUUGAUAUUGGUUGUGGUAAGCUAAUCGUCGAAGGUAAAAUCAAGAUAAAGCAAGGCCAAGACAUCAGUCACUUCAACAAAGACGGGGUCGUGUUUAAUGACGGCUCUAAGCUCUCAGCAGAUGUUAUCGUCCUGGCUACAGGCAAUGAAUCCGUCUCGAAGGCUGCCAGAGCUUUUCUUGGUGACAAGAUUACCGAGCAGCUUUCAUCCAAGAUGUGGGGACUCGAUUCAGAGGGAGAACUCUAUCAGACAUAUAGACCCUCUGGACAUCCGGGACUUUGGUUCGCUAUCGGUCCAUUUGUAAUCACACGUUUCUUCAGUAAGCACCUGGGUCUUCAGAUCUUGGCACGAGAGCUCGGUAUAGCAUGA